AUGACGGCGAGGCGCCACGAGCCGCCGAACGCAAGUUGUGGAAACCUUGAAUCGAAACUCCCCCAUCUGCUGACCUCUCAGUCGCCUCUCUCCGAGAGCGAAGGCGCAGCCCUGCGCGCGAAACUCGCCAAGAUGAAGGAGACAACCGCCGUUCUCUCCGGCAAUCCCCUCGCCGAAGCCGAGAAGAGUCAAAAGGUGAAGGAGGAAAAGAAAACGAAGGAAGAGGAGAAGACGGCGAAGGAGGAGAAGACGGCGAAGGAGAAGAAGACGGCGAAAGAGGAGAAAGAGCCCGAAAAAGACACCAAGAAGGAGAGAGAGAGCCGGAAAGAGAGGAAAGAGAGGAAGGAGAUCGAGAGCGAAACCGCCGAAUCAUGGCGCGCCGACGCGACCGCCUCGCCGAAAGGCCGCAAAGCCGGCGAGACACUGCCGGCCUCGCCUCACCUUGCAUGGUUGUCUCCGAAUGGUGAUCCGAAGAAAGACAGGAAGAGCCUGCCGAAGAAUGUGCCUUCGCCAGUUCUCGCAGCGCGCAAAUUUGGAGGUCGAGAAAGAGGCGCCUUGCCAGGCAGGCAGUCGCACGGACAAAUCCGCGUGAAGAAGCAAAACGUCCCAGCUGGCGAGCAUGCACUGGAGACCGGAUGGCGCUUCUGGUACUACGACCCGAAGCAAGCAGUGAUGGAGAAUCUCCGAGACGCCACCCUCGCUGCCUUCCCCGAAACCACGCGAGUUUACGCUUCUCGCCUUCGCGGCCUCAACUGUUUCUCCACCGUCGAAGGCUUCUUCAGAUACAUGCGCUGCCUUUCGCGGCCGUCUCAGCUGCCCGGCGAGUGUCUCUUGCAGCUUUUCCGAAAAGGCUGUUGGCCCCUCUGGGAGUUUUUCCCCGGCGGCGGCAGCUGGAGUCUUCGCCUGAAAAAGCCUGGAUGCUCGGCGCGGACUGUGGACGGCCUGUGGGAGACUCUGGUCUUGGCAUGCAUUGGUGAAGCCUUUGAAAUGCCCGAAGUCGUGGGCGUCGUCGUGCAGUCCAAGCCGAAGGAGUUUGUCCUCUCGCUAUGGAUCGACACUUGCCCGAACGCGGAAGCACAAAAACGCAUCGGCGAGAAGUUGGAUCAGCUCUGCCGCAUUCGGGGAAAUCUCGCCUUCCAAUUCAAGAGCUUUCAGAUGGUCCUGAAGAACUGCGGCGCACCGCCCUCGCCUUCACCCCUGAAGACGCCGGCGGCCAGCCCCCCUCCGUCUCCGUUUCUUCUCGCAGCUUCGUUUGCGUCUUUCGGCUCUUCGGCGCUGUCCCCGGCAGUUCGCCCCGGUAUUUUCUCUCUUUUGAAGGCGGGGGAGAAGCCCGCAGACCGUCUGGUCCUGGAACCGCGAGCGGAAGACGCACCGCCCGAGAAGGUGAAAGGAAAAGAAGACACCCACACGAAGGAGAAACGCGGCGAGGCCAAGACCGCGAACGUGAAAAGCGAAGCAAAAGAGGCGAGCGCUUCGGCCGCAGAAAGCGAGAAGAACGAGAAGACUGCACACAACGACGGAGGCGCGGCAGAGGAAGCUAAGCAGACAAAGGAGUCCCGUGAUGCUUGA